UUAAACAGCCUAGCCGGAGUGUUGGGCCAGUGGGUGAUUUGACUAAACCCGUUUCCGCCUUUCAUUCAAAUACGAAAGCGAGAAGUUGAGCUGGACAGAAGUCAAAACCAACUUUGGCAGUUACAGUUAAACCCGAAGGGUCGUUUUAUCCGAGGCACCGACUCAUAAUGGUGAAGCGUGGGGCAAGAAAAGGCUGCAAAUAGCGAUGAUUAUGAGCGAGUGUGGAAAGGGUGUGAUGAUCUGAAGAUUAGGGAGCAGCAGCAUCCCUCUGUCCAGUCUGUUAAUCCAUAACUGAUGCGUCUCGUCCCUGGUUACUGCUGAAGGCUCAAGCUUCAUCUCGUUGCAGCUUUGUUGUUCCUGUGUUGUCAGCUUGUCAGCGUGUCAGCACAUGAGACAUGAAUCCCUACGGAAAUGAAUAUCUUGACUCUCAUUUGAGUGGUGCCGCAGCAUCUCGCUCUCAAAGUUCACCCCAAGAAUUGGCUUUAGCUCCAUCGUGCGAUCAGUCUUCUCCAGUCAUCCACCCAGAUAAUAGUUCUGCUACAGUUUCAGGCCACAACAUUCCUCCACACGAGGCCUCAUCAGACCAAGAAGGUCCCCAAACCCUGGUCCGAUCGCCAAGUUCUACAUUCUCGCUUCCAGCUUCAAAUCCAGACUUCAGUGUUGGAGCCAGGUCUCAGUCUGAUCUAGCUUCAGUCUCUACCCCAGAACCUGGUUUCACAGCAAAUCCCUACUCUGCGUUUGGCACCCCGUCUUCAUAUCAGAUCUCUGUGAUCAUCCCCUCCACAGACCUCCAUCCCAUUCCCCUCCCAACUCAGUGCUCUGAGGAAAACUGUCCAGACUUGGAGUGUGCCAUCUGCUUCAGUCAAUUCAACAAUGUCUUCCGCUGCCCCAAGAUGCUGCAGUGCAAGCAUACAUUCUGUCUGGAGUGCCUGGCUCGCAUGAACGUCAAGUCGGCCGAGCCCAACGCCAUUCAGUGUCCGCUGUGCCGCAGCUUUACACCCUUGCCUUCCCUCGGCCUGCCAAAACUGGCCACAGACUCAGAUGUUUUGUCUUACCUUCCAGCUGCUAUGCAGAGAGUCUACAGCAUCCGUUUCCUCCGCAGCAAAGGGAAGCUGGAGGUCAAAAGGUCAACUGACGGACAACGUCGGUGGCCUCGGCAGUCGCUAACGUCUCUGAGAUCCAUCCACCGCUCUCUGGACGUGGGCAUUCCCAGUGGGAACGCAGAAGGUCACGGUCAUUCACGCGGCACUGUGUUCAGACUGACGAGACACCCGGUGUGUCGUGCCUUACUCCUAACAUCUGUGGUGAUGAUGAUGGUGCUUCUGACUGGUGUCAUUAUCUUCCUCCUCAUCUACCACAAAUAACUGGGUGACAUCUUGUCCUGCAAAGUCUUUUAUAAAAAUUGGUGUCAUGUCACGUUAAAAAAAAAAUAUAUAUAUUCUCCUUAAUCACACAAAGCAACAGCUUUUCCUGCUGCUAUUUAAAGACUGAUCCAGAUGUGCAAUAAACAUCACUAUUUGAGGUGGUGUUGGAUUAAACGGCUUAUAACUAGCCAAUGAGCUUCAAAGCAAAGAGCUCCUUUUUAAAUACAAAACUGCGGAAACUGGAUAAAGACAACUGAGAAGCUAGAAGAAGGUGGACUUUUAAUCGUGAACAUAACACUUCAGCUUCUCAUAACUGCCCAGGUAUCUCUUCUUGUUUUAUUCCUUAGUUUUACAAACUAUCAAUGCACUUUUAUCUGCCUCCCCUGUGUCAAAGGCUCUACAUGAUCAGCUUGCUGUUGAUAACUUGAUUAACAUAACAUCUUGUUGUUCAAGCCAUGAAAUGGUCAAGAAAAGACAGCAGUGGGAAAGAAAGUCCAGUUGAUUUUCAUUGUAGCAUUUUUGUAAAUCUUUGUGUUUGAUGUUUUAAAAAAAGCUUUAUAUUAAAGAUGAGGGAUGACGCA